AUGUUCUACAUUACUAUAAGCAGCUCCGAAAAGAGUGUUUUCCCAGCUAUUUCCAGUGACAGCUUGGCUCAGGCCCCCGAAAGACCAACCCUUGGAGAUAUCAGGAAGCAUAUCAAUUUACCUAAGAAGCUUUUAUUCACCGCCGAUGAUAAAAGCUCAUUAGAAGAUGGGACCAGGCUUGAUCAUUAUAUGGAUUUGACUGAUCAGGAUGUUGAAUAUGGCGAAAAGGAACAUGAUGAGGGAAACAAAAAGGAAGACUCUCAGGAUGCCGGAGAAAAGAAUCCCGCAAAAUCAGGACAAGGGGAGACCAGCGCGAACACCAAACAAAACAACGACAAUACUAAGGUCGACAACCCCGAGAAAGAGAGUAAGGAAAAUGGAUCUGAAGACAAAACCAUCAAAGACAAGAAACGGCCGCAAGUGCGGCAAGUGACUGUCAAGGUAAUUUUGAAGGGCGAAAAGGUAAAAAGUGAAAGGAAAUUAUUGGACCUUCCCAAGAACCUACUGGACAAGAUCAAAGACACCUCCCCGGAUCUGAAGCUUGGGGACCCGGCAAUCAACGCGGUCAAGCUAUUGCAUGAAUUUGAAGCGCUCAAGAUACAAGCUCCCACUGCCGAAGGCGAAGUCAACCACCCUUACCACUUCACCGAAGUACAGUGGGAUGAGCUCAUAGUUAACAAUCGAGCUCUCCAUGGCUACGUGAUUAAUAAGGAGACUAAAACGUUCAAGAAAGCAUCCAAGCCAGCGUUCAAACUUCGCCAGCAGUUACACAACCCGCCCAGACCAUUCACUAACCAGCCAUUGGGUUUCCCCUCUUUUGCUAUCAACGACGACUCGAACAUAGAUAUUGUGGAAGUACAAACUGCCUUCGAAAAAAGGCUGGCCACACACGGCUUCAAAUCCCACGAGAUUGAGGGUUCGUUGCUAACACCCUUUGCUCUAAGGGGAAUCAAGAAGUAUUUCGGUAUUAGUCUGGAACACAAAGACACCAACGAAACGAUAGAAGAUAAGGUUGAGAGAGGCGUCCAAACUCUACUCUACACAACGUAUAAUUUCCCUAGAGUAACGAUCGAGUUUUCUCCCUAUACACUCGAAGUUACGGACGAGCUUAAAUGGGAUGCCAAACAUCUUUCAUCUGAGGCUGAUAGAGAAGCGUUUUGCCUAGCAUACGGCCAUUUCUUUUGUGUCGAUGUGACCUUGGGAGCUCGACUUGAAAGCAGUCGUGUCACGGAGGAGACGGAGAAGAGUAAGGUGUCCGAGAUCAAGAAUUCUUUGCGAGAGGCAGCAGGUGCUAGCUUCCAGUCACCCUGGGUGAGUGGUCAAGGACAUGGUGUGCGUCAGAACAAAGACGGUUCUCAGGACAGCGAAAGUGAUGCCACCAAGAGUCUCGGCAUGGCCUGGACAGCAAGGGGGGGUGAUACUACGCUGUGUUCAAAUCCGACCAUUUGGGUAAAUACAGUCAAAGAAUACAAACUUUGGAGAAUUAUUGACCAAGGCGAGCCGGUAUCACUUCUUGACCAUAUUGCUGAAGUUGACCCAGUAGUCGGCCAUCUCCAAAGGGUCGGCCUUCCAAAGGACGAUGAUCCAAACCCGAUCAAUCAUGAGAAGAUGAAAACGGUUCUCAAAGCAAUCAAAACAGGAGAUGGAGAGCCCAUUGUGAAACGUAUUCGUGAGCUCUUUCAAGCCACAUCUUUCAGUCGGAAAGAUUAUGAUGAGGUACGAAAAAAGCUUGGGGCGGACGCGGCGAUGGAAGACAUUGGCACCAAGAAUUGGGGUGCAAUGGGACACAUAGAGAAAUACUCUCUUGCUUAUUACUUUGCAUACAAGGGUAGUUUAUUCUCGUAG